GAUGGAUGGCUUGAAGUCAAAAGUGGAGAUACAAAAGGAUGCAACCGGAAAAUGAUUCGACUUCGAACAAAUAUGAAGAGAAUUCGUCUGUAUCUGGAGAAAAUAAUGACAACGGCCAGGAGUUAAAAAUGAAUCUUCCGACUAUGUCCAUUUUACCAUUUUUGUGGAACAUUGUAUUUUCUCAACGUGACAAGCAAUACCACAAUUCACACUUCGGCAUAUUAAGUUUAAAUGUAUCUGCGGGACUCUCUAUGCUAUUUCCAAACGAAAAACUUGCCUGUAUAAAUAUACUUGGAUAUAAAUUAAUUUUUUUCUUACAUCCAGAAUCUGCAAAGGAAGUGUUAAAAAGCAACAGUUUAAUCAAUAAAAGUUUUAUGUAUGAUUUCUUCAAGCCACUUCUCGGACACAACAGUUUUUUUCUCAGUUCUGACGAUAAUUGGAGAAAAAGAAGAAAAUAUUUAGCUCCACAUGGACAUGUUUGGAAUCUGAAAGAUGAUCAAGAUAUACUUAUGGAGCAUUCAAACGUUUUAGUCGAAAAACUCAAACAAUUAAAGGAGAAUGAAGUAUUCGAUAUUCUGGAAUGGUUGAAAUAUUGCACUCUCGAUAUUAUUUCAGGUAUUUCUAAUUCGGGUAAAUUCGGACACACANUCGCCAACAUGGGUAUCGGACCCAUAGAAGGUUCACCGUGA